ACUGUAGCCCGAGAGGGAGAACCGGAGAAUUAAAAAUAAACAAGUGUACAAAGUUGGGCAAUGACCAAAGGCAGGCACCAAUGCACCAUUGGCAUCAAUGCAUCAUCAAUCACCUUCCUUCUCCUCUCCUUUCCUCUCCAUUUUUUCUCUCUCCUCUUUCUCUUUCUCUUUCUCUUUCUAUAUCAGAAGAAUCACCCCAACAUUACAUUGCCUUUCUUCGCCCUACAACCAAAGCAAAUCCAAUCUUCGCAAUCUCUAUUAUAUCCUCCUUAUUGCGUGUUUCUCUCAUCUACGAAUCCUCCUUAUUCCGCCAUUAAAGCUCUGCUUCAAAGAACAAAGGAAGGAGAGAGAAACCUGUUUUUGCUGUUUGUUGUUGUGAUUUUCAUUUUUGAUAAUGCCAAGAUUAAGCUUCAAGGCGGCUAACAGAGAGGAUGAAUUCUUCGCCAAACGCGAAGGCAGGAAAGGUGGAUUGCACUUAUCUAGGGUUCCGUUUGAGGCGCCUCCGUCGUCGUCGAAAGGUCGCCGGAGUUUUUGUCGGAAUUCGUCCUCGGUUUCAACGGCGUUGUCGAUUGUGAGUUCGAGGAAGAGUUUUUCGUAUGAUAAGCUUUCUCAGGCUCCUAUUCAUCUCACCAUUUUCAAAUUGGAUGGCUCCUCUUUCGGAAUUGAAGUCAUAAAGAUGGCUACAAUAUCUGAUCUCAAGCAGGCAGUGGAGAGCUAUUUCAGUAAUUUGCCUACUGCCGAAACUGGCAAGAUUUCAUGGCGACAUGUAUGGACACAAUUUUGCUUAUCUUAUCGUGGUCAGAAGCUACUAAUUGACAGCGAGUAUAUCAGGAAUUAUGGUGUCAGGGAUGGUGAUGAGCUUCGCUUUGUUCGGCACGUGUCAAUUGCUUACAACCUCAUAAAGAAGAGAUCAAGAAAACGAAUAGAAGCUUCCAAGCCUUGCACAACAACAGAGAACAAAGAAGAGGAAAUAUCAAAAGUAGAGGAGGCCUUUGAUGAUCAGGAAAACCUAAGCUGUCAAGUUGAGGAUAACUCGAGCCGCAGUGAAUCUAUGCUCUCCCAUUUAUUCAGAGGGUGGUUUUUGUAUUCAAGAGUUUCCAACAAUGAUCAACUGAAGUUCAGAGGGCAAGCCGAUCGAUCAAGGUGGACAGGUGCUGGUGGCAUAAGAGGUUGGUUUCAUUUUUCUGAUAAGAGACACCCCCGCUAUUCUUCCAGAGUCUCGCAGGUAGAAAUUUGAGUGGUAUUACUUGCACAGAAAUACCUCUGCCUGCUGGAAUGGCUUCUCUUGGACAUAGUCAUGUAUAAACAUAAUACCGCAAAAAAGUUGUAUACACAUUCAUACCACGGGAGUAAUUCAAGUGCUUGGUAGAGCAUAAGACCCAGUUUUAGGAUCAGUUCCUCAUACCCGAAUAUACAUUUGUAGCAUCUGACACAUUGUCACAUACAAACAAGCAUCAAUGAAGAUUUUAAACCCCACUUUGUAGCCUUUAAUCUGCAUUUUUGUCAUUUGUCUGCGAUCAUUUUAUAUGACUGAGUAUGUUUGAGAUGGUACUUCAUUUUCGUAUGUAAUGCUUGUUCUUCUCAUAGGAAGUACAAUUUAGAAGCGUUUCAAGCGCAGUUUGUCAAGUAGGGAAUCAUUUACAAUAGAGAAAAGGGUUAGAGAAUGUCCACUUUGUUACUUGAAAAUCUCAGGUGACUACAAAUCUACAAGUAUAAUCUCUUGUUACAAGAGUGAACAAAGCUACGAAGUAUUAUUUAUAUCUGCUUUGAAAAAGGGGUGAUUUUCAAUAUUGGAGUAAAAUUGUUUUUUACUUUCCAAUUUUUGGCUGUUAAACUCGAUACGAUUAUAAAUAAACGAUAACGAACAAGCCCUUAAGUUAGUUGAAUUUCCGACAUUUGAUCAUUUUUUUUAAUAAUACAACUCUUUUUACCUAAAGUGCCAAAAGAGAAUAUAUUUAUUUUUUAUAUAUUUUUUUUUUUAAGUAGAUUUCAUUUUAGAAAAGAAAAAAAAAAACAAUUAAUAAGUACCACAAUAUAUGAUCUCAAAUUGUGUGGCAUACAUUGGGAUAACCUUUUCCACAAUUUGCCCCUCCCAAAAUCCCCAAAACCACCCCUUCCUCUUCUUCUUCUUCUUCCCCAAUCAAAAAUCCCCACAAUUUUUUCAAAAACAUAAAAAAAAAAAAAAAAAAAAAA